GACAUUCGGCGAGUGAGACGAUUGAAGCGAGCCUCCAAAUCCGUCCAAUCGCCUGAUACCCAGUGUCCCCACCUCGGCGUGGCAGCGCUAUAAAAGCUCGCUCGACGGGAGCAGUGGAAUUAUUCAGUUCUCGAGUGGCUCUCGCUGAAGAUCUCGCAGAGACUUCCCCAAUUUUCCCUCUCAUAUAUUACAAGAACGUGUGGUGGAAUUCUGAGAUACAAUCCCGUAAAUGAAUUACACUGAACAAUUCAACAAGCAAAUCUUCAGCAGUGAAAAGCACGAAAAGUCCUGGAAUCUGUUCGAUUACUUCUAGAAAUUCCCCGGUGAGGAAUUAAUUUGUGAACACACCCUACAGUUCAGGAAGACGUGAAAAUCAUCUUGACAUUCAACAAUGCCUGAAGUCAUCGAGAAAUAUUUUACCCAACUGCCCAGCCAGGUGGGUCACUAUGCUGUGCCGAAGAGCGUCGGCUCCAAGGCGGCGCCAGUGGCGGAUCUCAGCCGCCUGUCGCCUCAAGUGCGCCAAUUUGUGGAGCAAUCCAUCCUGCUCUGCGCGCCGGAUCGCGUGCACAUCUGCGACGGCAGCGAGACGGAAUAUCGCAGUCUGCUGGCGCUCCUGCAGCAGCAGGGCACAAUUGUGCCGCUGCCGAAGUACGACAAUUGCUGGCUGGCACGCACGAAUCCUGCCGACGUGGCCAGAGUGGAGUCGCGCACGUUCAUGUGCACGGAGCGCCGUGAGGAGUCCAUCCCGACGCCCAGAGCCGGUGUGGCGGGAAGUCUGGGCAACUGGAUCGCGCCGGCGGGCUAUGAUCAGGCGAUCAAGGAGCGCUUCCCGGGCUGCAUGAAGGGCCGCACGAUGUACGUGGUGCCCUUCUCCAUGGGGCCCGUGGGCUCGCCGCUGGCGAAGGUGGGCGUGGAGAUCACAGACUCGGCGUACGUGGUGGCGUCCAUGAGGAUCAUGACGCGCAUGGGCGCAGCAGUGCUGGACGUUCUGCAGGAGGACGACAGUGACUUCAUCAAGUGCCUCCACUCUGUCGGCACCCCUGCUACAGGAAAGGUCGACGUGGCGUCCUGGCCAUGCGAUCCCGAGCGCACAAUCAUCCUCCACAAGCCGGCGGCCAAUGAGAUUGUCUCCUACGGCUCCGGAUACGGCGGCAACUCGCUGCUGGGCAAGAAGUGCUUCGCGUUGAGGAUCGGCAGCACCAUUGCCAAGAGAGAGGGAUGGCUGGCUGAGCACAUGCUCAUCCUGGGCAUCACGAAUCCCGACGGCGAGAAGCGCUACAUCGCAGCGGCCUUUCCUUCGGCAUGCGGCAAGACAAACCUGGCCAUGAUGACACCCACGCUGCCCGGCUACAAGGUGGAGUGCGUGGGCGAUGAUAUCGCCUGGAUGAAGUUCGACGCCAGCGGCCAGCUGAGGGCGAUCAAUCCCGAGAAUGGCUUCUUUGGAGUGGCGCCCGGCACGUCGGACGAGACCAAUCCCAAUGCCAUGAAGACAAUCUUCAAGGACACUAUCUUCACCAAUGUGGCGUCCACGUCUGACGGUGGCGUCUUCUGGGAGGGCAUGGAGGCGUCUCUGGCGGCCGACGUGAAGAUCACGGACUGGCAGGGAAGGCCGUGGGAGAUGGGCGUGACACGCACGCCGGCUGCGCAUCCCAACUCCCGUUUCUGCUCGCCGGCGGCACAGUGCCCGAUCAUCGACGCCGCCUGGGAGGAUCCCGAGGGUGUGCCCAUCAGCGCCAUCCUCUUCGGCGGACGUCGGCCGGCCGGCGUGCCACUGGUGUACGAGGCCACGUCCUGGGCUAGCGGCGUCUUCGUCGGCGCGGCCAUGCGCAGCGAAGCCACGGCCGCCGCUGAGCACCGCGGCAAGAUGAUCAUGCACGAUCCCUUCGCCAUGCGGCCCUUCUUCGGCUACAACUUCGGCCACUACCUCAAGCACUGGCUCACGAUGGAGCAGCGCGCUGAGAAGGCUGGUGGCGUAGCGCCAAAGAUCUUCCACGUGAACUGGUUCCGGAAGGAUGCACAGGGCAAAUUUAUGUGGCCGGGAUUCGGCGAGAACUGCCGCGUCCUCGAGUGGAUCCUGCGCCGCGUGAAUGACGAGGAGUGCUACAGAGAGACGGCCAUUGGCCGCAUUCCCUCGUCGGGGGCUCUCAAUGUCGACGGCCUGACGCAGAAGGUGAAUCUCGAGGAGCUGUUCUCCCUGCCGAAGGACUUCUGGCUGCAAGAGGUGCAGGAUAUAGCCACGUACUUCGACAAUCAAGUGGGCGUCGACCUACCGCCGCAGGUUGCUCAUGAGUUGGCGACACUGAAGCAGCGCGUUGCCCAGCUGUAAACCAUUUAAUUGUAGCUGAAAUUCAGAG